AUGCUCAAUUUCUUCCAUUAUAGGAUCAUUAAACCUUUAAAAUUUCGUAGCGAAUCUUGCAUUAUCAGCAAUAAUAAAGAAACAGCAAAUGAAGAUAUAGAAUUAUCUUUCAUUAAAAUCGUUAGAAGAAUAGAUAAUAGAACUAUUGAAGGAAUAAGUGACGAAACUAUUAGAAAAAUAAAUAACAGAACUGUUAGAGGAAUAAGUGAUAGAACCGUUGGAGAAAUAAGUAGUAGAACUGUUAGAGAAAUAAGUGGCAGAACCAUUGGAAAAACUUGCAUUAGAAUUGAAGUUAUUAGAAGAGACAUUGUUGAGGUUGAGUUAAUAUUUUUGGUAAUAUUAUCAAAAACUUCAAAUUCUGAACCAGUAAUAAGUAUUAGAGAAUGUAUAAUUUCUUUAGAAAUUUCCAUUCCUGAAAAAAAAAGGUCUUUAGACAAAACUUCAAAAGCUAUAGAAUACAAUUGA